ACCUGUUUUGGCCCAACCGAUGCGCACGCUACCCCUAUACAAUCUCACAUAAACUUGCCUAAAUGAAAAGUUAAAAGCGGAAUUUGAAUCGGUGCCCUAAAUCACUGUGCUUGCGGCGUUUCCCCUAUCCCAUCGGCCAUCUUCUCCAAGUUUCAGCGACUUGCUUGGUAUCUGGACUUAAUCUCAUUCUCUUUUGUCUGAGACUCUAGUAUCAUGUCAAGAAAUUAUUCAAGCUAAAAUCUCAAGAUUAAAGAGCAGGUCAUCAAUCUAGGGUGACUAUUUGUUCUCACUACCCAGCUCAGGAGAGAUCUUGGCCGCCGACUGGCCGUUUCAACCCCGAUCAACAUCGCCGGCGUUGUCUCAACCCCCUCAUUCCACCACUAUGUGCUGUUGCCUGAUCCAGUAUAACCAUUAAAGGACUUCCGAGCGCAGUUGCUUUGAUUAUAAUGUCAGAGACUUCAGGAGGUUUUACUUCAGCUGACCUGAAUAAAUUAGGACCAGAUUACUUUACUUUCUACACAUGUGAAGUAAAAGAAUUGCUAUCACAAAAUGAGGAUUUCCUGCCUUUUGCGGCUGAAAUUGCUGGAAACAGAUGUGAGGAGGUCAGGGGCAAUAAUGUUGAGCCUUCUUCUGGUUCUCUUUUUGAUAAGUGCAUAGGAGCCGGUCUUUCUGAUUGCAAAAAGGAAAGGUUGAAUGCAUUGCUUCGGCAGACUUUGGCAACUCUUGUACCAGAAGUUGAUGAGAUGCUUGAUCCUGUUGUAGCCAUGCGUCGACUCCAAUCAAAGGUAAGAAACAGAAAGUUAAUUUCAGGUCUUAAGGAUGUAAUGUCUGAAGGUGAGACUGAGCAGAACAAUGCCAAUAAGAGAAUCAAGAAGUCAUCUUCCUCAUCAACCAACAUCAAUACAGCUGCUAGUCCUGUUAGUUCUGGAUCAUGUAGAGAGGGUUCAGCAUCUAAAUGUAUGGGUUCUAAAUGUUCAGAUGUUGCUUUGCCUGGAAAAGGAAUGUCCACUGUUGUCCAGAAGCACUGUACUUGUUGCAGUACUAACAACCCGAAUGGUACAGCUGACCAAGAAGGAAAGUUUCAAUGUAAUGCUUGUGGAACUACUAGUACAAAUGAAAGUGAAUUUCAUUUGGCCUCAAACACAUCCGCUGAUAAAGUGGACGAAGAGGGGGAUGUUGAUUUGCAGUUUUUACUAGAGAAUGAUAGCUCACUGGUUGAGGCAUCAAUCAAGAAAUAUUCUGAUCAACUAUUCACAAUGCUUGGUCACAUGGAGAAGCAACUUGAAGAACUUCUUGAUGUUGUGGUGUCUACAUGCAGGCCCAUGUCCCUUGCGGAGAAGAAGCAGCUUCAAAAACUGAUUCAGAAGCUACCACCAAAAAAUCUCAACCGUGUGGCUGAAAUUGUCCAACGUAGCAAGUCAUUAGAAACACAGAACUGUGAUGAAAUUUUUGUUGAUUUGGAGAAAGAGUAUCUUCCCUUUUCCAGGACAAUGCAACUCUGUGGAGGUUGUAUUACUAUGUUGAAGCAGUUGAAAAAGCUAGAAAGCUCUCAUAAUAGCAAAAUUUCAGGUAUCUAGACCCUAUUAUUACCCAAGUGCAGCUAAUACUACAAGAUCAGUGCCAUGAUAUAGAGCUCUUGCUUAAGCAGGAGAUGCUUGUGAAUUUCUGCAUCUCAGCUCUAUUUUUUAAGCUUGAUACUUCAAGCACAAAGGCUAAAAAGUAACCUCAUUCUUGAAUACCUCCACACUUCAAGUUGAAGCAAUUCCCGGAUGAUUCCUUAGUACUUGGUUUUGGUGCAAUUUACUGCACAGUACAGCCAAUUUUUUUGCCUGCUGAGAUGAAUAGGUACAAUAUCUGCACGUUGUGGGAAUAAUUUUUUUUUUUUCUCCUUUUUUAGGUUCUUAGCAUGUGUAUUCUUACUGAAAUCAUUAAAAUUUUUGAAGAUUUUUUUGCACAUCUCAAGUUCUCAUUGUUGAGUGAUGUAAGAAAAUGAUCUUGAUCUGAAAUGUGAAGAAUGUAAAGUUUGUAUACACCGUAUCGGAAAAUAUUUAUAUGCCAGUUCUUUAGCAAAUACACUAUUCACUAGCAAGAAAUUUCUCUUCUAUUGUGUCC